AAUAAUACAUGCAUGUGCCAUUGAAACUAUUGAAUUCAAUAGACUAUUCAGGGAGGCAACUCUAUUAAAUAGAGCGAUCGGAGAAAUCUUGAAACAUGUCAACAGACAAGGUGAAGAUAGGCAUCAUAGGAGGAUCUGGACUGUCCAAUCCAGAAAUCCUGAAGAACGGAAAGGAAGUGUCCGUGGACACUCCGUACGGAAAGCCCUCUGAUGCUUUGAUCUGCGGUGAAAUAGAAGGAGUAGCCUGUGUUCUUCUCUCCAGACAUGGGCGUGGCCACAAGAUAAACCCGACCAAUGUGAAUUACCGUGCCAACCUGUGGGCCCUCCACCAGGUGGGCUGUACCCACCUCCUGGUGACCACCGCGUGUGGCUCCCUACAGCCGGACAUGCACCCCGCAGACAUUGUGGUCAUUGACCAGUUCAUUGACAGAACACAGAAACGCCAGCAGACAUUCUUUGAUGGUGAGCCAACAUCUCCCCCCGGGAUUUGCCAUCUACCAAUGGCCGAGCCUUUCUGUCCCAGAUCAAGAAAGAUUUUAUACAACUGUGCCAAAGAGCUCGGUAUAUCCUGCCAUGAGAAGGGGACCAUGUUGACAAUAGAGGGUCCACGCUUCUCCUCCCGUGCCGAGAGCAAGCUGUGGAACUCCUGGGGGGCACACUGCAUCAACAUGACAACAGUACCCGAGGUGAUCCUGGCCAAGGAGUUAGGAUUGUGUUACGCAGCACUCGCCCUGGUAACAGACUACGACAGCUGGAAGGAUGACGAGGAAGCGGUGAAUGUAGAGAAUGUGAUGAAGACAUUCCAGACGAACGCUGCCAAUGCCACAGCUGUGAUUCUGAAGGCGAUCCCACAGAUCGUCAAGGAGGACUGGGCAGCUACCAUAGAAGAAAACAAGUAUUGGCAAUGUUCAAAGAACUUUGAGAGAGCCUUGCUUCAUUAUUUGAAUGAAUUGUUUUUGGAGCUUGUAAUCAUGGUGAUGAUAGGGAUCAUAGGAGGGUCGGGAAUGUCCAAUCCAGAAAUCCUGAAAAAUGGAAAAGAGGUGUCCUUAGACACGCCAUACGGAAAGCCCUCCGAUGCUUUGAUCUGCGGUGAAAUAGAAGGGGUACCCUGUAUUCUCCUAUCCAGACAUGGGCGUGGUCACAAGAUAAACCCGACCAACGUGAAUUACCGUGCCAAUCUCUGGGCCCUCCACCAGGUGGGCUGUACCCACCUCCUGGUUACCACCGCAUGUGGCUCCCUACAGCCAGACAUGCACCCCGCGGACAUUGUGGUCAUCGACCAAUUCAUUGACAGAACUCAGAAACGAGAGCAGACAUUUUUUGAUGGGAAACCAAUAUCUCCUCUAGGCCUUUGUCAUAUACCAAUGGCGGAGCCGUUUUGUCCCAGAACUAGAAAGAUUUUAUACAACUGUGCAAAAGAGCUCGGUAUAUCUUGCCAUGAGAAGGGAACCAUCUUAACAAUAGAGGGUCCACGCUUCUCCUCCCGGGCCGAGAGCAAGCUGUGGAACUCAUGGGGGGCACACUGCAUCAACAUGACAACAGUACCCGAGGUGAUCCUGGCCAAGGAGCUAGGAUUGUGUUAUGCAGCACUCGCCCUGGUAACAGACUACGACAGCUGGAAGGAUGACGAGGAAGCGGUGAAUGUACAAAAUGUGAGAAAAACGUUCCAGACGAACGCCGCCAACGCCACGGCCGUGAUCCUGAGGGCGAUCCCACAGAUCGUCAAGGAGGACUGGGCAGCUACAAUAGAAGAAAACAAGAAAUUUGUCAAGAUGAAUACGCUUCUUCCCCAUUGCAACUAGAAGUCAAAGAAUUGGUGGUGCAUUUAUGUUUUGUUUAUGUCAAAAUUAGCCGCAAAGCUGGUACUCGUGCACAUAAUGAAAUGGUGUG